UUGGGCUCUGUUUUGACACGCUGUUCGGCGAUUUGUUCUGAUGCUCCUCCAGAUGUGGAAGCAUCCUGCCGUGGCCAUUGUGUCCGUGUGCAUGAAUGUGAUAUUUUUAUUGUUUUUCAUUCAAAAUGGUGGCAGUUGGAAUUACGACCAAUUCCAGCCACAUGUGAUGCGGGCUUCCUUGGAGAAUCAUUAUGAUUUGACAGGCCGUCCCAAAUUCCCUGACAGAACGCGUUGCAAAUUGGAAAUGCCUCCCACACAGAAAACCUUCACAUACUCACAGCCCAAUGCUGCUUACAGAUCUUUGCCCAUGUACCAGGAGGUUAAAAACAAAGUUGUGACUUUGAGAACAAACAGGUUCUUGCCAGAAAAACUGAGAAACGGUUUGUCUUUCGCUGAUUUCAAAAGAGAACUUUCCAGUUUCAAAGACAAGUACGAUGGCAACCUUGAAGUUGAAGGAUACGAGAGUGCCAAGGGGCAGAAGGGAAAUACCGUGCAGUGGUUUUGGGGGCAUCACAUUUGGUUUGGAGCAGGGGAUAACAAAUUCGAAGUGACGGAUCACAUGGGUGACAAGUGGCUUGAAGAUAUAGUUGCAUGGAUUGUUGGAUACGGUUUGCCGAUAGAAACUUUUUCAGGCGCAAAAAUUCUUGACAUAGGUUCUUGGACGGGAUCUACUACCUAUGCGCUUGUUUCGCUUGGGGCCAGCCACAUUGUGUCUGUUGAAGAAGCAGUGAAGUACUCCUUGUUCACGCAAUAUGUUUCAGAUUCGUAUCAAUUGCCGGUGCGAACUAUUUCGCGCAGCCUCUACGAGCUUGAUGUGAAGGAGAUGCAAGAAGUUUUCGACAUCGUGUAUUUUCCAGGAGUGCUUUACCACUUGUCAGACCCCGUGAUGGCGUUGCGCAUCCUUUACAACCGAUUGAAAAUUGGAGGCAUAAUCAUUAUCGAAACUAUGGUUCCCAGUCCUUUUGCAGAACUCAAUUAUGACAGGAUUACGGGCAAGGGAAACAAUUAUUUCACAUGCGGUCCGAAGGUGCUGGGUGAAUGGCUUGAAGAUGUGGGAUUCACUUCAAUCGUUGCUGGCCGGCUGCGGCGCACAGAAGCAAUUGCACGAAAGGAGAAACGUGUAUCCAUGAAGCAAGCAGGUCUUGCCCGAAGGGACAUUUGCUAGUCACCGCUGCUCUGGAGAAAAAAA